CGGAGAGCGCUGCUGCAAAAGCACCGCUGCAAGCAAAGCAAAGCAGAGGCACAGGUCGCGCAGACUGUUAUUCGAGAGCUACGAGAGCCCUGUAACACUAUACAACGCUGAGCGAGCCGCCGGCGCAAACAGCACUGCCUGCAGCACAGCAGGAUGUCCUCCUGGUUCAGCAGCAGCGCCCAAGCACCGCCACCGCAAGAAGGCAUGUCGCCGGGCGUCGAGAAGGCCCUCGCCUUCCUCAUUCUAGCAAUGAUCGGUCGUUUACUGAAGCAUCGAUUCAGCGCACCGCAGCUCGCCGGAGUACAGAGGUUGAUCAUGGACGCCACCUUACCUUGUACCAUAUUCAAAGCGUUGUGCGCCGUGUCGCUCGAUGUUGAGUUGUUGCGGUGGCCGCUACUUGGUGUUGCGUUUGUCAUAGUACAACUGGCGGCCGCAGCAGUAGCAUCGAAACUCUUCUUCGCCGACACCAUAAGACAGCAAACGGCCCGCUACCAGCUCGCGACGGCGGCGCCCGGUUUGAGCGCUUUCGUAUUCAUAAAAGAGUUUGUGGGAGACGCGUACGCCGGCCCCGCGGCCCUUUUUGACCUCCCUUAUAAACUGUAUCUGGUACUGGUCCUGCCCUUCCUGCUCGGCGUGCCGGCUCCAUCAAUGUCAAAGCUCGUCACGGACCCGCUGAACGUGUCUAUUCUUGGUGGAUUGGCAAUCGCGUUUACGAAGACGCCCUACGCGUCUCUCGGCGCUCUUGGUCAGGCCGCAUCGCUAUUGGCAGGUGCACAGACGCCCAUCCUCUUCGUUUUGAUCGGGGCCAAGGUCAAGCUAAGUGGCGCGACGCCUGCGGUGUGCCUCGCGCUGUUGAUGUUGAGGCACGCGGCGUGUUACGUCUACGUCGCCAUUGCUUCAUUCGGCACCGACGCCGAACGGAUGACUCUAUUGUUGUUGGCGCAAGCGGCCGUCUCGGUCGUCGGCUGGGGGCAGAUCAGUCGCGCGCGGGACGCCGGCGGGAGUUAUGAUGUGGACCUCGCCUUCGACGUCGUUGGUUAUAGUAUGCCGCUGACGAUGGCGCUGCAGACGGCGGCGUGUUUAGGCGUGCUUCCUUCGCUGACCGUCAUGCCGUUGAUAUGUCUUAUUGCGGGCGGCGCGGGCUGGGCGCUGCUGCGGCGGAAGGGGUCCGACGACGCGCUCGCGAAGGUGGCGUAGGGGUAAGUUCAAGUUUCC